UGAUUAUACCAUCUGACCAAGAUGGAACAUUAGGAAACGUUUCGAAUGUUUCCACUGGGACCGCAGAUUCAAGUUCUCGAAAAGGAGGAGGAGAACCUACCAGUAAAGUCAUUCCGAAAGUGAUAGUGGAUAUACGAGAAUUUCGAAGUGAACUUCCAAGCCUACUGCAUAAACGAGGAAUUGAUAUAGAACCGGUUACGAUAUUGGUUGGUGACUACAUUCUUACGCCGGAGAUUUGUGUGGAGCGAAAAAGCAUAUCAGAUCUCAUCAUAUCUCUGAACUCUGGAAGAUUGUACAAUCAAGCAGUGGCCAUGAGUCGACACUAUGUUAAACCCAUGCUGUUGAUCGAAUUCGAUCAGAAUAAAUCCUUUUGUUUGCAGGGUAAUUAUUAUAUGAGUAAAGACAUGCAAAGUUCUGAUAUAACGGCAAAACUCCAACUACUCACAUUACAUUUUCCGAAAAUGAAACUUGUGUGGUCGCCUAAUCCUCCAGCCACAGCACAGCUAUUCGAGGAAUUGAAACAAGGUAGAGCUCAACCGGACGGCUAUACUGCUAGUCAAAUUGGAUCAGAUGCAGAUAUUGAAGAUAAAAAAAAAAUGGAGGAACGAUUCAACGUAAAAAUCCAAGAUUUGAUUUCAAAAUUUCCUGGAAUUUAUUCUAAGAAUUUACGGAUCAUUUUGAAUCAUGGAGUUUCUUUCGAUCAUCUCAUUACACUUUCCCAGGAAGAAUUAAUAAGAAUUAUGGGGAACUCAAAUGAUGCACAAAUGUUCUAUCGUGCGUUGCAUGAAAAGUUCACACCAGCAGACACUGGAAUACCUAUCACAAUGACUAGCGUAGCAACAAAAAUGAAAAACCAGGGAUUAUAUGCAUCGUGGAAGAAAGAAGAGAAAUGACAUGCACCCAUCAAUGAAUUUUGGAUUGUUGAAUGUAGAAACAAGAAAAGAACGACAUGAUUCUGUAUUGUGCAUAUUAAUGAUUGAAUGUAAUGAUUGAAUUGAAUCAGAAUGAUUUAUGUAUGAAUCCUAAGGGAUAAUCAAUAAUAAAUCCUUUACCUUUAUUUCUGAA